AUCUACCAAUCUACCAGCACACGGAUUAUGUACAUUGAAAAUGUGAUAAUGUGAUCAUAGGCUCAAUAUUGGAUCUUGUUAUAUGUUAACUUCCGCAUAUUGCAACAGAGUGUUUUAACUGAUUGUGACGAAGUGUUAAACACAUUAAGUAAUCGCAGGUAAACUAUCAAGUCUCCUACCUGACAGUGUUUUAUAUACCACGGAAGUUAUAUAGUGGAAAUAACAGUUGGUUUUGAACGUAUAUACAACUAUGUGAAUAGUGUUUUUUGUACCAACUUACCUGUCAAAUGGUACAGAAUACAUCAAAAUCGGUGUUCAGUACCAUUGAAAGAUAUUCAGAUAUGGACAUAUAUUCAAGAAUUAUGAUUUGAAAAGUUAGCUAUGGAUAACAUUUGGGUAAAAAUCUAUAAAAGAUGAAAUGACUCAUAAGAAAAAACCAAUUACAUCCUUUACGGAUAUGGAUAACUCCACCACAGACAGUGUAGAGACUUUAAACAAAUUGAACUAUGAAGAAGUUUUGAGACAGAUUCCAUUGAUGAUGUUUUUAGCUAUUUUAGGCGUUAUUGGGACCGUGGGCAACUCACUGGUAUGUUAUGUCUACAAGAAAAAGUAUUCCGCCUCAAACUGUCGAACAUUUGUUAUAGUUUUGUCGGUAGUUGAUGUCUUAAUAAGUGCUCUGGUCAUACCUUUCGAGAUUUUAGUCUUGUUUAGGGAGUACAAUUUCAAACGUUCGUGGAUAUGUAAAAUAUCGGUGUUUUUAAGCACGUGGCCGACCUUGACGUCUGGAUUUUUGCUCUUGGCUAUUGCCAUUGACAGGUACAGGAAGGUCUGCAGGCCGUUUUCAUGGCAAAUAUCUCACAGUGCAGCUAGAAAUAUGUGUUUGAUGGCGGGGGCACUUGGCCUUGCAUUUUCCUGGAUUUCUCCGGUGAUUUAUGGCAUACAAAAGUCAAAGCAUAGUGUUUAUAACAUCACAAUAUCUCAGUGUGCUGAGACGGAUGCAAUGAAAUUAACCGUGUUUCCCUUGCUUAACAACGUAUUCUUUGCCGUCCUGUUUAUUGGGGCGUUGAGCGGAAUAAUGUUCAUGUACUGUUUUAUCGCUAUCCGAAUAAAACAGCAUGUAGAAAGGAAGAGUGUAUUUUCACACAGCCGACAAACUUACGUUGUCAACGAUGCUGAAGUAAGUGAAAUGACAGUCAUGUCUGGAAAAGUUGCUGUCCGGAAAAAAGCGAAGUUACAAGACGACGAAACAAGUGAUGCGAUGUUUCGCAGCAGCGAUUCUCUAAAUUCAAGGAGUGUACAUGAGAUAUCUGAGCCAGAGAAAACGUCAUUAGUUUUGUGUUCAGUUGAUGGAGUGAGGUGUGAAGAUCGCUCUGUUAAUAGGAAAUCAGUUCUCAGCCGGAUGUUGUCAUUUGGCAGAAAUUCUCUUUCUUUGGCAAAGUCGCUUUCCACCUCAACGAUGAAUUCGGUCAAACCAAAUAUGCGAGUGAAACCCGAAGCUCAGAAACAAAAACAAAGGACAGCAUUUAUUAUGUUUUUGAUAUCUCUUGCAUUUAUUAUAAGUUAUCUUCCGUUGCUAUGCCUCUUACUGAUACGCACCGCAGACGGUACAUUUGUGCCUUCCCUAAACGACACAGAGAGGACUGUUUACAAGUUCUGUCUACGGUCAUAUUAUAUAAACUGUGCUGUAAAUCCCUUCGUAUAUGGUCUGUGGGACUCGCGCUUUAGGAAAUCCUGUAAAAAUAUCAUUUGUAAAGGAAAAUUUUAACAGGACUCACACCGACUGGCUGACUUCAAUAAAAAUGCAAUACGUUAUAUAGUCUACAUUAAUAAAGCUUCCUCUUUUACUGUUGAUAUCUGUCUCAAAAUAAAAGUUCCAUUGAACAAUUAAAUGCAA